AUGCGUUUCAGUCGAUCCAUGUUCAAAUUGGCGAAUCAUAUUGAAUAUUAUUCGAAAUUUCAGCCGACAUCUGUUACUUUGAAAAGUCUCAUUGACUUCGCACGCGAUGGUGAUAUCAAACAAUCGUACAAAUUCCUACGUGUUGAACUGCUAAUUCGUUGGUCACACAUGCGAAAAGAAAUUGAUUAUCUCCCAUCAAAGUUAGUCGAAAUGCCCAGCUUUCAACUAGUUAAUUCACUAUAUGAGCAAAGUUAUUCCGAAGUACUUGCAUUUAAAGAUGUCGAACCGAAUGCAUCAACUCUUCGCAACUUUACGGAAACAUUGGCUAAUAUCCGUCGACGUCACGCUGAAGUCGUUCCUACGCUAGCUCAAGCAUACAUGGAAUUCGAAAAGCUUAGCUCGAGUGACAUGAUCGAAAAAAGUCGAAUACAAUACUUCUACGAUCGAUUUUUCAUGAAUCGAAUUGGUGUUCGAACUUUAAUCUAUCAGCAUACUCUUCUAUUUGGUGAUGAAUUUCCACAAAAUUCUCAACAGGCAGGAAUCAUCGACCCAAUGGUAGAUGUUGCUGCUGUUAUUCAUGAUGCUUAUGCAACGGCCAAAUUUCUUUUUGUUCAAGCGUCUUAUCCAGUACCUGAAAUCGAUCUUUGCUCUCAUAACGUACAAGAUCACAGUACAAAUCGUGUCACAAUGGUGUAUAUUCCGUCACAUCUCUAUCAUAUUGUUUUUGAAUUAUUAAAAAAUUCACUUCGUGCAACCGUUGAACGAUAUGGUCUGAAUGCGAAAAGUUAUCCACCUGUGAAAGUCCUUAUUGUCAAAGGACAUGAAGAUCUGACAAUACAAAUUACUGAUUCCGGUGGUGGUAUUCCACGUUCGAAACUAUCACGUCUAUUUCAUUAUAUGUAUUCCACAGCACCCAAACCUUCGAUCGAAUCCGGCAAAUCGUGUAUUGCUGGGCUUGGUUAUGGUCUGCCGAUAGCCCGUCUCUAUGCCAAGUAUUUUCAAGGAAACCUGAUUUUGUCAUCGGUAGAAGAUCUUGGUACAUCGGCCUAUGUGUCAUUAAAGGCAACAGCGGAAAAUGCCAGUGAAUUGUUGCCAAUAUUCAAUAAAUCUCGUUAUUCCUAUACGACUGAAAAAGGUUCUGAUUGGACAGUGCAAUAUAAAUCUUGA